AUUGCACAAAUCCACGUCGCUUAGCAUGGCAAAGCCAUUCCUGGACAGGAACGCACGCCGAGACACACACCGUAAGCACCAGUAAACCCUCGUCGCAGUACCACUCGAUGCGCUGCAGCUGUACAACCUAGACGCGGGUAAGCCGCAGCGAAGCCAGUAUCUCGUAGGGUUUGGAAGCGAAAGAUCGCCAAAGUUUCAACCAAUCGCCAUGGUCAAGGAGAAUGACCGGCAGCAGCUCUAGUCAUGGAUCUGCCCCGAAAGACCUGACAACAAAGGCUCGCGAGAUUCGUGAGUGAAUUAGGAAGGCGUUUCAAAAGAAGUCCAUCCAAUUUGAGGGAUGGAGAAUCUGGACAGCGCUGCAGAAGGUCUGGCUGAAGGACUCACUCGGUCCUCAUGAGCCUGCACUAACAACAGCCGAAUCUGCAAUUGCUAUCAGGAGAACAGCGACGUGAAACUCCACGCUUCAUUCUAAACGGCUUCACAAGGGUCAAUCCAUGUUAGGCCAGCAACCUUACUCCAGAAAAAUGCCUCGCCACGGCCUCUAGGGAGAAGCUAUCGCUUCGUGAAUGGCAAAUGAGAUGAGAGAUGAGAUGUCCGACCGAGGGAUGAUUCGUCAACGGCGGACACAGCCCUGACUGGGGCGAAGAAAGUCGUUCAGAGAUGCUUCAGAUAUGCGACCAUGCAACUAGCUCCUGGCAGCCUAAACGAACAUCCAUUGUGUCCUCCCCGAAAAGGCGGUUGCGAAGACGUCCGAAAUAACGUUACCAGGUCCAUCACCAAGGUCCCAGGAGCCUUCAAUUCGGGAUUGCGCUCUUUGGCACCUUUCGUGCCUUCCGUAUGGCUACUCUGGCAAUCUGAGUCUCCGAUAAAUUCAUCCACGUUCUUGCUAGCCUCGAUACGCGUGAAUCCAGGGGAGUACGUUGGUGGUCACGUUUGAGAAAUGUAUCGGUAUAACUUCCGUGCCGUUCCCAACCUCUAAUGCCAUUCUCUGCUUCAGAAUAGACCUCCUGGUGAGCAAUCCAGCUACCCUUCAGCUCCUACCUUUCCAGUUUGUUGCCUGGAUUUGCCGUUACUACUAUUCUUCACUCCCAACAAGGAUGAUGGCAGCCUCAAACCGCACAUACAACGGACAUAUUGAGAGGCUACGACACCGAGAAUAUCCAUCUCUCUUGACCACCACUUACCUCGACCAUGCUGGCACAACUUUGUAUGCCAAGUCAUUCAUAGACGCAUACCACCGCGACCUGACUUCAAACUUGUACGGGAAUCCUCACUCGGAAAGUCCUGCAUCAUGGCUUGCCACUGAACGGGUCGAAGAUGCACGACUUGCUGUGCUUGACUAUUUCCACGCAUGUCCAGAAGAAUUUGACGUGGUAUUUACUGCCAAUGCCACUGGUGCAAUCAAAGUGGUUUCCGAUUGCUUCAGAGACCAAGGCUUUUGGUACGGAUUCCAUAAAGAUUGUCAUAAUAGUCUUGUGGGGGUGCGGGAGGUUGCCACAAAGGGUUCACGAUGCUUUACAUCCGACACAGAAAUCGAAGAGUGGAUUUCCCAACGCACGCCUUCGCCUUCGGCAGGGCUCAGACUGUUUGCCUAUCCAGCGCAGUCCAACAUGACGGGGUAUCGACCUCCGUUGGAAUGGCCUCAACGGAUUCGCUCACCGCACAGCGGCUCCGAUCAGUUGAACUUUGUGCUACUAGAUGCUGCGUCCUAUCUCACGACUGGCCGCCUUGACCUUACGGACUCCGAGCAAGCCCCUGAUUUCAUCUCCAUGUCUUUCUACAAGAUAUUUGGAUAUCCAGAUCUUGGCGCCCUAAUCGUCAAAAAAUCAGCACGGGAUGCCCUUAGUCGAAGGAAAUAUUUUGCCGGAGGCACGGUCGAUAUGGUCACCGUGAUUGGAGGAGCCUUUCACAUGUUCAAAGGGACAAACAUACAUGACUUUCUUGAGGAUGGCACAGUCCCAUUCCACAACAUUGUCGCCCUCAGGCAUGCUAUCCAGGCGCAAAACCAGCUGUUCGGUUCUGCGGCUACCAUAUCAAACCACGCAGCCUGUCUCUCGAAAUGGUUGUUCGAUGAGCUAAGCCAUCUAAGGCAUGCAAACGGCGAACCUGUGGUCAUUAUGCACAAAGAUGAGGGUGCUACCUACGGAGAUACUCAGACGCAGGGGCCUAUCAUUGCAUUCAACAUCAAGAAGGCCGAUGGGACCAUUGUUUGGAAAAGUCACUUUGAGACUUUGGCCAUUGCCUCGGGCUUUCAGCUUCGUACAGGCGGAGUUUGUAAUCCAGGUGGCAUUGCAUCAAUGCUAACGCUGAAGCAUUGGGAGCUCCGGCGAAACUACGAGGAAGGUGCCCGUUGUGGGGACGGAAUCGACGUUAUUGGUGCUAAAUCGACGGGCAUCAUUCGAGUCAGUCUGGGAGCAAUGUCUACCCAUGGAGAUGUGGAACGGUUUGCGAACUUCGUCAGAUCAUUCUUUGUCGACACCACGAGCCCUCACACAUCACCGACAACUUGUGUUGCGGUGACGAACAUUUCAGCAUUGGAAGGAUGUCCACCUAUGACUGUUGACCCGUCGGAGUAUGCUGCUUACCAGGUAUGGGAUCGCCGGUGGUUCAUUCUCGACCCUGCUACUGGUGAAAAGAUAGACAAAGUCAAAGACUUUGGUGUGAAGAUUGAUGUUCAAACAGGAGAAUUGGUCCUCAAGUACGGCGACGGUCGACUGGCGAUCGGCUUGUGGGAUGUGCCGAGCCCAACCGAUGACAGAUUAAGCACACCUUCAGAGCGCAUCUUUGACACCUACGACGAUUCCACGAUCAACGACUGGUUGUCCGAGCGUAUUGGGGUCGAGUGCAAGCUGUGCUACUAUCGGCCUCAGGACCCGGCAUUGCUGCCCGAAGCGACCACCUGCGCGGUGGCGUCUUGUGGUUGGAGAGGUGCGGACAAGACUGACCUUGGCCAUCACUACAAGUGGCACGCGGAGACGUUCCUGGCAACACGCCCUUUCGGGGCCCCCAAGGCGGCUCCUUUGGUUACCACUCCUGCACCGCGACGGGCCAAGUAUCAAGGUCAGAGUGCCACGGCGAGGAGGUGCUGUUGGUUACUCAAUCUCAAAUCCGUCUUCGAGCGUUCUCGUGCAAAGAAGUCGCAUCCACACAAGCUCGACAGUGCCAGCGUGAGCGAGAAGAGCACCACCGGUCCAGCAUCGACGUCGCCACCGGGAUCCAUAGUUGGGACCAAGCAUGAAGAGAAUUACUGAGAACGGUGCAACGGAUGCAUUCUACCAUGUCGUUCGAAAAGUUGGCCCGACUGGAUAGACACCAGGAAGAGAAAGAAUGAAAAUUUUUGGUAUCAACAUAGGGUUUCUAUUAGUCUGUAUUACAGUAGUUUCAUCACUAUGGGAGAUCCAGCAUACUAAUUCUAGACAGAGACACGCACAUGUGAC